AUGAUAGUAACAGAAGCUCUGCCCCGGCGCACAGGGAAAACUGCAGCCCGAUCGCUGUGUCACUGGGCAGCCCGGAUACUGGCACUGAUUUCUGCCGCAGCAGUUGCCGGCGCAGUAAUUCCCACGAGACCUGCUGCCGCAGAGCGGGCAGUCGUGGCCGCCACUCAUGUGGAAGUGGCAUGUUUUUUGACCCUCGGCCGUGGGGUUGGGGCAGCGGCCGCUGUGCAGAGGACCCCCAUGCUGCUGGCACUGGCGAUAGGCACAGUUCUCACCAUUGCAGAAGUGGCCGUCUGCCGACCGAUUGCAAAGCGCACACCGGCCAGCGUGUGGGCGAGAUGGAGUCGGGACUGGCUGAGGGCUCGCACCAUCCUUGUACAGUUGACAUAG